AUGCUCGCACGUUCCACCUCCGGUGGCGUUCAUUUCGCCAAUAUCGAACCGUCAACGGUGACACUGUACGAUGCAGGCCCACCUAUCAUAGAACUUUGUCACUUACCUCUCCCCUGGGCGGUCUGGUUCUUUCCUUACAGCGGCCUGUUUUUCUUCGACAGUUGCUUCUUCUGUCUUGAGCAUGAAGACGACAACGUAGAGCUGAUCGACAUGGGACCUCAACCAGCGGUUAUUCCAAAUGUGACCUAUGAGGGACGACAUGCGCGAUAUGACUACGUCUCGGUCGAUAGCUCACUCGCUGAUUGGAACCGUCGGAGGCUACGCAGGAUAGAGCUCGCUGUGCGUCGAAAGUACGCGGGCGUGUUUGAGACGCAGACCUCUGCGCGCUCACCGAACGGUACCUUCCGAGCCGAUAUCGUCGUUGGGGAAGACGAACAGUCGACAAUAGUAUCGACAUCCGAUAGGCGUCGUAUCGCAACAUUUUACCCUCCUCAACCACGGCUGCGCCCGGAAGAGGCCAAGGCCAUCUCGUUCCUCUCGGAUAAUCACACAAUAGUCACCGCAGGAGCUAGAGUGGGGCGAUAUAUUGCUGCAUUCGCGGAUACGGCCGCAGGCUUCAGCGCAGGUUAUACGUGCAAGGACGUGCACAGCACGCUCCUCGUCCUCCAGAGCCACGUUACGUCCGAGACCGUCUUCGAAAGCGAACAGCUCAAGCGGCAUAUGAACGUUAUCAAGCUUGACGUCAGGCCCGAAGAUGCUAUUCUCGUCAGCGGAUGGAGUCGUUCGCCGAUUGGGCUGCUACAGUGUUCAGCAACACGAGCAAAGAGCACCGUGCUGCUGGGUAUUACCGGCUUUCCAGAGGGCGGCGACGAAGGUGAUAUCGGCGGAGGCACCAAGGCUAGCGACGGCGAAUUUAGUGAAGAUGAACAUCACGACGCUAUUUCAUCAUCAUUCGAGGGUGUGCACCCGUUGGACAUCCUGCUCGAAUACAUUCCCUCCCGAGGUGUGCGGCGCUAG